AUGAGCGAAGAUAACGAGUUCAAAGAAUUCCAAGAGGAUAAUACUAACGAAUACAAAGUGUCAGCGAAGAAAACGCUUGCAGAAUACCAAAAACUGGAUGCGGAAGAUGAGUCCUUGGCGAAAUGGAAAGAAAGCUUAGGAUUGAGCUCGGACGUUUUGCCUCUGGAAUAUGCCGGUGACAAACGUAAAGUCGUGAUUCUAAAGAUUCAGCUGCUGGUGGACACCGAGAAAGAGCCCAUCACGUUUGACUUGACCAACGAGACAACCAUCAAGGAGCUUGGGUCCAUACGCCACAAGAUCAAGGAGAAAUCAGCUUACAAGCUAAGAAUCACUUUCAAAGUUCAACACGAGAUCAUCACAGGACUGAGGUACGUGCAAUUUAUCAAAAAAGCAGGCAUUGCCGUUGACAAGAUCGACGACCAUUUGGGCUCUUACGCUCCAAACACCACCAAAAAGCCUUUUUACGAGGUGGAGCUACCUGAGAGCGAGGCUCCAAGUGGCUUCUUGGCCAGAGGCAAUUACAGUGCCGUUUCCAAGUUCAUCGACGAUGACAAGACAAACCAUCUCACCGUCAAUUGGGGUGUCGAAAUUGUCAAGAAAUGA